AUGUUCCCUCUACUUCACCUUUCCCGUCCCAUUUUUCAAUUCAAAUAUACAAACACAUCCCUCGCAAAACAGCUUUCCCUCUCUCUCUCUCUCGCCGGAAUGGAGGGAGAAGGUACCUCAGAGAUGGAGUAUACGGAGAUCGAAUCCUCCGCCGAUUACUUCGACAGCUCUCUACUGUUUAAUAUCAUCAACGAUGUCUCCGCCUUCGUCUUGUACAUGCACCAACAAGUCCCUUCAAUCCUACAGGACAUGAGCAUUGAAUUUGACACCUUGCAUGAAGAAUACAAAGAGCUGGGAAGUGAAUUGGCACAGAAUGAACUAAAAGCAUCGUCACGAAGAAAGCAUACUGGCAGAAUGAGGGAGGUCAGACAGGGAAUUAAGAGAAUGGAGAAGUUAAUGAAUUCAGUCUCUGGGUUUCAAGCUGCCAUCAAAUCGUUGAUUAGUGAGACUCCUAACGUCCAGGAAGUACUAUUAAUUCUUGGAGCAACCCCACUGCGGCCGCAAUAUGUUUAUGAGCUGUGCUUUUCACAUAAAAAUGCUGUGGUAAGAGGUGCAGAUUACUUCGUCAAGCACAAAGCAGCAGAAGUUCUUUCAAGAAAGGCUAUUCGAACAUUAAUCUCAAAGGAUGCUGGGUCUGCCUCAUAUCCAGGCCCUACUAAGUUGUUUCUAUUGGUGAAGGCCCCUUCCUCUAUCAAUCUGCCCUUGCACUUCAUUCCAAAACGUGAAUUCCGGUAUAGCAAAAAGAUAAAGCCCUUCAAACUACGAUUUAAAUGCAAAGCCCAAAUCCACCAGAUGAAUGAUCCUGGUCCUGAUCGUGAAUUUCAAGUUGGAAACUCUGAUGACUUGGUCAACUCUUCAGUAGAAGAUUCAAUCUGGUUUCAAUGUCGACAUGCAAUCAAGGGGAUAGCAUUCAACAGACCUGAUGAAGAUUGAAAGUGCCGACUGACAAAGUUACAAUGCAAGUAAACACUAACCUGUAAACUUGCAAAUGAAUUGCUUCUAAUUGUAUUUUGUAGGCCAAAAAUCCUUGACCCUCGAGAUCUUAGCUUUCGAUAUGCAGCAGGUGAUCUGGACUAGGAUUUACAUCCUUUUAGCGAUAAUUUCAAUGGUGGCGAUUUAAGUAAACUUCUAUAUUGUCCUUCAGCUAUUAAAAUGGUGAAUCUUAGUUAAGUCUUCUUACUUCCAAAUAUGCUAAGCUUUGUAA